AUGCACUCACCGAACUUCCUCACUAGUUGUCCUCCACUUUCAGAUCGCUGUCCGUGUUCACCCAACGCGGCAUACAACACGACCAACCCGCGUCUCCCACCGUUUCCGGAGCCAUGCGAGUUGCAGCCGGAGGCGCGUCUCCGCCCUCGAAUGCCUUCGCAUUCCACCGCGUCUGGCUACACCGCCGCAGCGCUGAAUGCUGCUACCGUCGCUCCAAUCGCCAGCUACCAAGUAUGUCAGAUGCCUGGUCGAGCUCCAAAGCCGACUUGCAUGGCCGCUCUACGGAUGGCGGCGUCCUUCCAGUCUCCAAUUUGCCAUGUCCCACAUCCUCAGUGCUCCUGGCCUUCUACUUCAAGCACUUCCACUGGAAGUCAGACCAAGUGUCAGGAUGGCAGAGCUAGUCGAUACGCCAAGAGCCUCUUCGUGUUGACGUGGGACAUGCAUUUGGUGGAGUAUGAGCUUGUGGUGACACCCAGCGAGUCGAGUGACAAGGUCGGCCAGAUCCUAGACGUAUCUAUCCCCGCUAGGUGGUAUCGUAUUGUGUUGUUGGCAAUAAAUGUGCGAACUAAGAGGCUUUGGCUCUGCCCAUCCCCCUGCAAGGAACGAGUCAAUGAAGUAUCCUAUCAGCGAACACUCCCUCUCGUAGAAGACCUACCCUUGGAGAUUCUUAAAAAUAUUCCAAAGGCGCCGAAUACAACCCAAUUUGAGGAAACUAUCAGCAGUAAAGACUAUUUGGUUAUCACCAUAGCAGCUGAGACCUCGAGAAUAUCUGUUCAUUCAGAAGGUGAACCUACUAGUUUCUUCAACCUACUGGCUGCAAUUGGAGGUCUGUUUGGACUCUAUUUGGGUCUUUCCCUUGUCACCGUGUUCGAAUGUAUUGAAUCUUACUAUAUCCUAUUGUCUGAGGGUUUUGGAACAUUCCGCCAUGCAUUUAAAUCGUGGAAACGAUUUGGGAGGAAGUUACUAACUCGUGAAAAGAGCCCGGAGUAUGAUGAUGAGUAUGAAGCCGAUGCGAAUAGAUUAAUAAGGUGGGUUGUCUAA